AUUGCAUAAAGUCUCUAUAGGUCUAAACUGACUUUACAAAGCGAGGAGGCAAAUGUAUUCUUCUCCUCAAAGAAAGGGAAAAGAAAAAUACACUUUAACUGGGUAAAAUAAAUGAUCUGGUACUUUACACGACGUGGGCCAAUAUGGGAAGCCCUCCUUCACACCGAGAUCUAAGAGGGUUUCUUGAGCCCAGCUGAACAGCAUUGCAUCCAAUCAGACUCACGACCAGCAGCCGAGCGCCGAACCUCCAUGUGAGUCUCCAGUGUGACAAGUGACGCUCGAGGAUUGACAGCAGCACGUCGGCACUCGGAAACCCUGUGGAAAAAGCUGUCCAUCAUGUUGGAAUCCUCUGCGCUCUACUCAAGACUGUUGUUAGUUUCGGUACUGGUCUGUGUAGCUGUUGUGCCUUUCACCAUGUCGUCAGAUGCUGCAAGAGCCAGUCCCAAAACUACAAAAGUGGACAGCGGAGUGAAGCGCUUUACCCUGAAACGACUGUAUUCUCCACACAAUCCAACCCGUCCCCCUUACGCUGGUCAGCCAUUCCUCCAAACUGGAGCUAACAUUGAAAGUGAGAAUAGAGGGAAUUACAGAGUAGUCCCGUCAAUAAUUUACCAUCAAUCAAAUCUGGUUCCGCAGACGGGACGUGGCCUUGGUUACAAUAACAUUCCAGAUAACAAGCCGUCCCGAACAGGAACAACGAGUGUCCUGAAUGGAAGGAACGCAGCAAGCAGCUACCCCACGCUCUCUUAUAACUCACACCCAGUUAACACUAGAAAAUCAUUUCAUAACGAGGCUACUAGUCCCUCCCAUCAGCGCCCCAGCCCUUCACAAGUUUGGGACGCCAGAGAAGCUCGGAAAUCCUACAUCAAAGAUAAAGUUCCCGGAAAUGAAUCUCCUCUUUUUUCCUCUCAGACUGGUAGAUAUUGGAGCCCUUCACUGCCAACUUCAAGAGUGCUUCAUAGCGGCUAUGAAAAGACAAAUGAGCUCACUUCGGCUGGGCUGCAAAGGACAUCUAGUGGGAUUCAAUCAAGCAAAUCUGCCGCCCUCGCAAGAAAAACGUCCCCUCGUCCAACAUCAAUCCGCAAAAUCUCGGACGCCGCUCUUAUUAAAAGCAGCCUCAACCCAGAAAGGCUGACGACAUCCGUCGCAGAUUUCUCCCACGGGUUUCCCUCUGUGUCUCGCAGCGAGACGCCAAGACUCCAAAAUAUCCAGUCCUAUCUGUUCAAGGACUCCCAGUCUGCUUUUGGUGGGCAUGAGACAGUUCCAGCAGUCCAUUACCGCGGACCCGCUGCUCUUCCAUCGGCGCCACAUAAGCACAGGGAUGUUGUAGGCAGAUUUUCUUAUGUAAAACCAGUACAACAAUCACAAAGAAAACCCCCAACCAAGGACCAACUGCAUCUCUUUGUCAAUAAUGCCAAUCCACUGCAUCCUAAUGACAAUGAUGAGGCUCAGGCGGAUGGUUAUGCUGAAUACCAAAACACUGCUCAAAUCUCUGCUCCGCGGAUGGACGCCAUCGCUGGACGCCUCAACCCUUUGCGUCGUGUAAAUUUGCGGGGGAACCAUGCGGUCGGCGACAUUAAAUCUGCAGUAAGUAGCUUCAGCAAGGCGACCCCAAGAGAAUCAACGCAGGCCUCCACACCUGGACAAUCCAUUAAAAGCCUCCAUGGCUCCAGAGGGUUUGAGCAGUCUGAACGGAGAGCUGCCAAAGAGCCGCCUAUUCUCUCCUCCAGUGAAGGAACAAACUCCAGGGUACAGAACUCCGACAAGCGAAUGGACAAUCCAAUAUCAAAUAUGAACCCUUCUUUGUCACAGAUGUAUAGCUUUGGUCGUAGGGAGGCCUCUGAUGCACUAGUAAAACCCUGAGUGCACUCCUACAGCUUACCCCUCACCUUCUCUCGGCCCGCAACAGGAUCCUCCUAUUGAGAUAUAAGGAAGCCCGGCCUCGGCUGCUCAGAGUGACACCGUGUGAGACGGAGCCAGAUCACAGAGAGUUCAGAACCUACGGGGGAAUAUAUGGUCUCAAAGCAUUCGGUACUCGGUCACUCGAGACAGCCCAAACUUCCGGCAGUGAGAACGCCAGAGUCCAGCAGGAUUUUGCAGGUUACAAACGUGGAGUCGCAGAGUUCUUGCGUCCAAAAAGCAGCCGUGUGAACGCAGCGGGCCGCGCUGCACCGAGCAGGGAAGACCCCAAACCACUUCUAGAGUCAGAAACCCAUGGAUCCGUCUCCAGAUACACAUCUGACGAAUAUGACACAAUACGCAAGAUCAGCAAUCUCUUGGGGUUUCUGCCCUAUCGAAAUAGAAUUGAAGAUGCUGACAAGACAGUACACAAACAAAAUCGAGAAAGUCCCAAAAUCAACUCUGCUCAUCUCAGACGAGCAGGGGAUCACACCGCUGAAACCCAGCCGAAAUUCGUGCCGAGAAAACAAGACCUGACUAACAUUUCCACCAAGAAGGCGAGACUACUCAAUGGUUCCGCAAUCCGCAGAAUCUCAGACGCCUCUCUCAUUAAAAGCUUCCCCAGCCCAGAAAGGCUGACGGCAUCCGGCGCAAAUAUCUCCCAAGGGUUUCCCUCAGUGUCCCGCAGCGAGACGCCGAGACUGCAAAAGACCCAGUUUUAUCCAUUCAAGGACUCCCAGGCUGCUUUUGGUGGACAUGAGACAAUUCCAGCAGUCCCUUACCACGGACCCGCUGCCCUUCCCUCGGUACCACAUAAGCACAGGGCUUCUGAAGUUGUAGGCGGGUCUUCUUCCUAUGUUGAAUCAUUAGAACAACCACAAGGAAAACCCCAAACCAAGGACGCACUUUAUCUCUUUGAUAAUGCCACUCCACUGUAUCCUAAUGACAAUUAUUAUCAAGCUUUGACGGAUGGUUACGCUGAAUACCAAGACACUGCUAAAAUCUCUGCUUCGCAGACGGGUGCCAUCGCUGGACGUCUUGACCCUUUACCUCGGGUAAACCAUGCGGCUGGCGACAUUAAAUCUGCAGUAAGUAGCUUCAGCAAGGCAACCCCAAGAGGAUCAAUGCAGGCCUCCAACCCCGGACAAUCCAUAAAAAGCCUUCAUGGGUCCAGAAGGUUUGAGGAUUCUGAACUUGUAACUGCCGGUGUGGAGAGCGAGCCGCAUCACAGACAGUUCAGAACCUACAGGAGAAUAUAUGCUCCCAAAGCAUUCAGCACUCGAUCACUCGAGACAGCUCAAACUUUAGUCACGGGGUCUGCUGGACUCCAGCAGGGUUAUGGAGGGUAUAAACCUGGAAGCUCGCAGUUCUUGCGUCCGAAAAGCAGCCGUGUGAACACAUCGGGCCGCGCCGCAUCGAGCAGGGAAGCCCGCAAACCACUUUCAACAGAACCCCCCGGAUCCGUCUCCAGAUAUACGUCUGACGAAUAUGACACGAUACGCAAGAUCAGCAGGCUCUUGGGGUUUCUGCCCUAUCGAAACAGAAUGGAAGCUGCUGACAACAAACGAAAUCGAGAAAGUCCUAAAAUCAACUCUGCUCAUCUCAGACGAGCAGGGGAACCCGAAGCUGAAUCCCGACCGCAAUUCGAGCCAAGAAAACAAGAACUGACUGAACUUUUGGGAAUGAAGGUGAGCCGGUUCAACGGUUCCACCAUCAACACCGUGAGAGGCAAACGCGUGCACGCAAAAGCAAAGAAGCUCUACGACACUCCUCGCAUCGACGACGCCGGAAAGGAAGCCAUAGUCCAGCCGUCCAAGCGGCCCGCCGCCGUCUUAGCUAUCGCCCAAGCCAACAUUCUCGGAAGCGCCUCGUUCAGCCGCAUCAAGGCUAGGACUCGGACAGUGACCGCAUCGCCCAAAGAGGACGACUUACCGAACACUACGGCCACAGCAAAGCAAGAAAAAGCACCAGCAGCAGCAGCAGCAGCAGCAGCAGAAGAGGAUGAGGAAGGAGCGGGUUUUUGGGCCUUGGAAUCAGAGGAUGGCGAACCUAGCGGAGGCCCUGAAGACGUGGAGGAAAUCCAGCCGGCGGUCAGAAGCAAAGGAGCAGAAAACGGCACGAAGACCUCAGCGUUCUUCCUGGACGAUGAAGGGAGCGGAAGCGGUGGUUUCGAUGGGUCCGACGACGGGUCAGGUGAUCAGUCGUCUAACGACGGGUCAGGUGAUCAGUCUGACGACGCAGAGAGCCGGGGCCUCGGCGAGGAUUCGUCAGAGCUGGAGUAUCUCCGGAUAUCAACCGGGAACAUCUCCUUCAAGUCGAUUGAACUGCCCCAAGCGGACAUGUGAGAGGGAAAUGUGUUGAAAUUGUAAUGUUGUCGGCGGAAUCCCAAUAAAAGAUAGAAGCUAUU